CUUCACGCUUACUUCCUCCUUCACGGCCCACUUCCUCCUUCACCGCCUACUUCCUCCUUCACCGCCUACUUCCUCCUUCACACCUCCAGCAUCGGCAAAGCACAACAAUGGCAAUCGGCAGUCCCUAAUCUCGUAUUCUGAAACCCCAGGUCCUCAUGUUCUUGGUGUUGUUGCUGCUUAUCAAGCUUCCAUUGGACCAUCCCUAAAUGACUUGUCAUGUGUCCUCACUCCUAGGGAAAACAAUGUAGUAGACUCAGCAAGAUUAACUUCACGGGAAAAAAGCUGCCAGCAUUCUUUUCAUUCCAGCAUUCUUUUCAUUCCUUUAAAAUUAAAAUUUCUGGAUGAAAUUGUUUUGUAUUGAAGGUUAAUGGAAGAAACUAUGUGAAACCAGAACUCAAAAUUUCUGGUCCUCAUGUUCUUGGUGUUGUUGCUGCUUAUCAAGCUUCCAUUUGACCAUCCCUAAAUGACUUGUCAUGUGUCCUCACUCCUAGGGAAAACAACGCAGUAGACUCAGCAAGAUUAACUUCACGGGAAAAAAGCUAUGUUGUUGGCAGAUCUGCACUUUAGUGCAGGGAUGAAGCCUUUCUUUGCAGGUGUUGUUGAAUGGAGCUGAAGUAAAUUGCAGGCUGGAUGCUCAUCUGCAGUCUCAAAAAAGCUGCAGAUUUGUAGAUAAUUUGAGAGGCUGCAAAGCAAAGGAUCAUUUUGAGUUCUGGUUUCACAAAUCAGAACUCAAAAGAUCAUUGGGAACAAUUCGUUUGAGCCAUGGCGUGCGAAUAAAGUUAUUGAUUAUGUAACUAAAAUAUUUCCAGAUGCUAUAAAAUCAUACAAUGAUGCUCCUACACAUAUGAAGGACGUAUGGUUUAAUGAAUUCAGGAAAAAGUAUAAGUGGAAUCCAGAAGAUGAGGCAGUAAUUCAGAGUAUAUUCCACAAAAAGGCUGCUAGAAGAUUAUCUGACACGUUGGGGCAGGUUCGCAUCAAUUUGGCAAGAGGCCAUGCACCACCAAAUUGGAUGAAUGAUCAGGUUUUGGCCCAAUACCGCAUCAUUUUGGAAUACGGAGGAGUUUAAGAAGACUGCUGCGAAGAACAAAAGAAAUAGAAAUUCAGAUUGCAGGGGAUUGGGACCAUCACUGCACACUGCAGGUUCAAUCUCCAUUUCUGAGCAUAGGAGAAGAUUAAAAGAAAAGCAUGGAGAAGAGCCUUCCCAUGCAGUGUUGUUCCAAGCAACUCACAAACGCAAAAAGACAAAUGAGUUCGUUUGCAAAAAGGCUGAUCAUGUAAAUGAGGCUGCAAUUCAAAAACAACAAACUCAACCUGAGCUUGGAGAGUCAAAUGCAUGGUUCGUGGCAGCCGGUGGCCUCAAGAAAAGAGGAUCUGUUUAUGGAUUUGGAUCAGAUACACCGCACUACUUCCCUGAAGCUGUGACGCAAAAGAAUUCAAAAUUCGGACAAUCAUUGGCACAUGCAGUUUAUGAGGAUCAAAUUAAGGAACUAAAAGAAGAGAACAUGCAAAUGAAGGAAAAAAUGGCAUGGUUGGAAGCGGAAUUUGUUGCAAUUCGUGGUGCAAAUCAACCUUCUUUUCAGUCUACUAAUCCAGCCGUUAGCCAUGGAAGUAAUGGUGUUGGAUUAGAUGAUCUUGAGCAAUAGAUUCAACAUUCUAACUUUUUUUUUUUUUUUUGGUGAUGGGUUAGAUGAUCUUGAGCAAUAGAUCCAAGAUUCUAACUUUUUUUUUGUGAUGGGUUAGAUGAUCUUCAGCAAUAGAUCCAAGCUUCUAACUUUUUUGUGAUUUAGGAAAUAUUUUGAUUGUAUUAGCACAUUUUGAAUGAUGGUGGAUAUUAGA